AACAUCCAGAGCUAGCCUUGUGAAAGUGCGUUAGCUGCUGAAGACCUGCUGCGAGCUCUGGCCUCGAUCUCGGCCCGCCACAUGAUUCGCCUGGCUUGGGCAUGGCCAGCACUGCCCAUUCUCUUGGCCGCAGAUGAAGAGCUUCCACAGCUGCCUUGGAGCCCGGAACCACCAAGGUACAGGGUUCCGGUGAAGAGCCUCCUGACCAAACAGACCUUGUCCCUUUACCCAUCGGACUCACCCGUUGAUGUGGAUGUAGGGGAUACCUUCCUUCAGAGACUCAAUGCCAAGGAGAAAGGGCGAUCCAAAUGGACCAUUUUGGAGAUCUACGACUACACCUGUCCACAUUGUUGGUAUGCGGUGCCUGUCUAUACCCAUGUGGCGGAAGCGUAUUCAGGGACGCCCGUGCAGUUUACUUCCAUCAACUGCCACAUGAGAUAUAGCAUGGAGAUUUGCUUUCUCCUCAACUCCAUCGCACACAUCAAGGAUUUCCCUUCCUUCGUAGCUUGCCCUCCUGGUGUAGAGGUGGAUGCCGGUGCAGAGCUCCAGCAAUUGACCCAGGCGGCUCAACGCUUGGCCAGCAGACUGCCAGCUCAGAAUCCGACCCGCAAGACCUUGUUGAAGCUAGCGCGUUGUCGGCACAAGUUCAUAGAGGAUUCGGUCGCUGGCAAGGAGGAUCCCUUUCUCUCAGCAAAACAGCUGGCCAAUUGGGUGAAGCGUGUCACUGGCCACGAGGCAACCAAUUGGAAAGAUGUGCGCAUUGGCGCAGACUUCCACAGGAAGCGGCCUGUGUCAGCUAUAGCACCCCCGGGGCAGCCAGGAUGGCUGAGAGACAACAAGGAUGGGCGACCCGGUGUGAGCCGCUACAUUCCAGGCGAGCGUUGGUAUGACGCACUCAUGGGCUUUGUUGCCCUUAUCUACCAAGGCUAUCAACCUUCAAAGCACCAAGCCACUGUGGAAGUGACGAGAUAUUUGUCAAUGGCCUUUCCAAUCAAGGGCAAGGCAAUUGCUGAACUGGCUGACCAACUGGAGCGACAUGGACGGCAAGUGCUGCCGGAUGGCGCUCAAAAGAUAAUCGCAUCCUGGUCAAUCGAUGUCGGCUUGGGAGACCCCGACGAUGAUGCUGGAGAUGAGUCCUAUGAGGAGCAUCAGCAUGGCUUGAUCCACCGUACAGUUGGAGAUCCAGAUGGAAAGACACUGCAAUCCCUGACCUGCCCAACCAGCAGUACCUGCAACUUGUGGAACCUCUUGCAUGUGACUCUGAGUGCCGUUGCUGCUCGGGGAUUCUCAAAGAGAUCUUUGAUGAGUGAUGGCAGUGUCCUCUCCAACGGAGUUCGGGGUGGAAUUGCCCUGCCCUUGCAAAGUCCCGAGAUCGGGAUCCGCGAGGCCCAAGCCUUUGUGCGGACCUUCGUUGACAAUUUCCUGACCUGCAAGGAGUGCCGACAGAGAUUUCUUUGGGACUAUGACCAGUGCAACUACGGUCGCUGCCGGUUCCAGGACUGGAGGGAUUUGCCACUCUGGUUGUGGCGUGUGCACAAUGCUGUCAACCUGCAUGUUGCAGGAAAGCAUGAGUCCUCACCAGAUAGACGAUGGCCAAUGUACCAGGAUUGCCCUAGCUGCUGGCGAGAAGACUUGGUCAUGGGCACCCCACGGGCCCUGUCCGUCUCUCCGGUGGAUGUUUACAAGGAGGAGCACCGUUCAGAAAGCCGAUGGUCAACUGAAGAAUUGGACAUGCCUUUCGACACCAAGGCAGUCUUUUGGCACUUGAUUAGCACCUUCUUGGGAGUGCGGCGGAUUGUCUUCGACGUCGCGGAUUUCUCUGGCGAAGAGAAGGAGGAGGUGAGACACAUGCUCCACCUACAGGGGAUCUCGCUGGAGCCCCGUGUGUCAGGGUCAAUCACUGGUGCACCGCAGGGUCCUCCAGAAGAACGACUGCAAACAUUGGAUGUAAGGUGCCUUCGGAGUCCAUGGAUUGAGUGCUGGUGUCAAGGACAGACCCUUAGAGCCCUUCGCAACCUGCUCCUUUGCCGCAGUGAGAGUGCCCACUCAGCGAGCCAAAUCUUCUUGGCCCUGCUGGCGAUGGCAACUGGAGCCGGAGCCUUUCAGCACACGAGUUAAGUUGAGAUGAGACGAAAGCAGACACCAUGAGCAAAGUAGAUCCAAGAAAGACAUUGGUUGCCCACAGCCAAGUACAAACUCCCUGAUACGGCCAAUUUGUUUGGAGCUUCUUGCUUGGACCAUGUUUUUUCCACGGCCGAAUACUCCACUGCUGGCUACACAUCGGCAACCUGCCAGUUUGGGGGCAAUUGAGGUGGCCCUUGUGAUUUGCUACUUUGGGCAGGACUCGGAGGGUAACUUGGAGGAUGGCGAAAUGGAGAGGGACUUGGGGAGAGAAGCGCGCGCCCCGAUGUUCCGCCAGCGAUCUGGAGACAGAUCAGGGGGGGAGCACGAAAUGGAGGAGGCCAAGGAAAUAGCGAAGGAGCCCAGCCCAGUCCAAGAACCAGAAGCUGCAGAUGCAGCAGAAUAGUCCUGCAAUAGAUAAAAGAA